AAAAAACUCAGUGAUUUAUCAAUGAGUUUAGCGUAAUUUCCUCGUAAAACUGUAAAAAAACUACGAUGAGCGAUAUUGAAGAUCCCGUCGAGCAGAUGUUGAAAAAGACUGGCUGUAUAAAUCUUCACUACAAAGUUCAAGAGUGCAUCGCGGAAACCGGCGACUGGCGCAAGUGCCAAGACGUGGUCAAAGACUUCAAAUCCUGUAUGCAGGAUUACACCCAAAAGCAACGCCAAAAGUACGACCAGAAAUGAACCUUCUCAAAUCCGUAGUCAAAGC